AUGCCGACACGCUCCCUCCUCGGCGCCAAGGCAGCGCUCUCUCUCGUCCUGCUCGUCGCCUCGCUUGUCGCCCACGUCUCGGCGCAGCAGGAAUCGUCGCGCUCCGUCGACCCUCUGAACGGCAGCACCCUCCCCACCAACAUUUUCACCCCCGCCCAGACCUUCACUCCCGUCACCACAUUCGCCCAGGCCACUGGCGGUCAGCAGACGGUCCUCACCGGCGUCGGCCCCUCGGUCGACCCGGGCACCGCCCUCUUCACCUACACCCGGCCCACCGCCUCGGUCGCUCCCACGCCCAACGACGCUCUCAGCGCUUCUCUGGCCUCCUCGGGAUACCCCACCGCGACAGACGCAAGGAACCUCGCUCCUAGCCCCAACAAUCUUCAGAUCGCCGACGACGCCGUGCGGACCGGCGCCUCGCUCUUUGCUCUGGCUGCUAGCGCGGCGGUCGGGGCGCUCCUCGUCUUCGGUCUCUAG